AUUUGUCAUACAAAGGCAGAUUAUCCACCCAUUUAGGCGGGUAAUUUCUCUUUUUGCUGCUUGGCGACCGACGAUCUCCGCGGCGACGCGAUUGGCAGCUUCGGCAGCGGGAAAGAUUAUUAUCCAAAUCCAAAGUGGAGCGGAAGAUGAAGAGCACUAUAAGACUGGAAGGAGAAGACGAUCAUUGCUGGACGAGCACAAUGAAAAGAUCAAAACCAUCUCUCCGGCAGAGUCAUUACUCUCUGUCUUUGCUUCUAUCUGCAUUUCUUCUAUCCUGCUUUGUCUUAAUUUCCCACGAAGAACAGGUAAUUGGGUACGGAUAUAGAGUCACUAGGAUUGGCACCGAUUCUUCUAAAAAGUCACUGACCGCUGAUCUUCAGCUUAUCAAGAAAUCAUCCCUUUUCGGACCAGAUGUCCAGAAGCUCAAGCUGACAGCAAGUCUGGAAAGUAGCGAUCGGCUGAGGAUCCGGAUAACGGAUGCAGAGAAGCAGAGAUGGGAGGUCCCGCAGAGGAUCCUACCCCGCCCGCCGCCUUCGCCGCUGCCGACUCAUGAAGAGCCGCUGGAGUCGAACCAUUUCGUCCUUUCCGACACUUCCAACUCAGACCUCAUUUUCACUGUCCACAACACCAGACCCUUCGGCUUCACCGUCGCCCGCCGCUCCUCCGGCGACACCCUUUUCGACGGCUCGCCGGAGGGUUCAGAUUCGGGCACGUUUCUGGUCUUCAAGGACCAGUACCUCCAGCUCUCGUCCUCCCUGCCGGCGGCACGGUCCUCCCUCUACGGCCUCGGCGAGCACACAAAGAGUUCCUUCAAGCUGACCCACAACCAGACACUCACCCUCUGGAACGCCGACAUCGGCAGCAACAAUCUUGACCUCAAUUUAUAUGGGUCCCACCCGUUCUACAUGGAUAUCAGGUCGUCGGAUCCCGGGGGAAGAGUGGCGGCGGGAACCACCCACGGCGUGCUGCUGCUCAACAGCAAUGGUAUGGACGUGGUGUAUACCGGUGACAGGAUUACUUAUAAGGUGAUUGGGGGUGUUAUUGAUCUAUAUUUCUUUGCUGGGCCUACGCCGAUGAUGGUGAUGGAGCAGUACACGGAGCUCAUCGGCCGGCCGGCCCCGAUGCCAUACUGGUCUUUUGGAUUUCACCAGUGUAGAUGGGGAUACAAAAAUGUUUCUGAUGUUGAGGGGGUAGUUUCUGGCUACGCCAAAGCUGGAAUUCCUCUAGAGGUUAUGUGGACAGAUAUUGAUUACAUGGAUGCUUAUAAGGAUUUUACACUUGAUCCUAUUAACUUCCCCCUUAACCAGAUGAAAAAUUUUGUCCAUACACUUCAGGAAAAUGGUCAGAAAUAUGUGCUCAUCUUGGACCCUGGGAUUAGCAUAAACAAUACGUAUGAGACCUACAUAAGAGGGAUGCGAGCUGACAUCUUCAUCAAACGUGAUGGUGUGCCUUAUCGCGGGGAGGUUUGGCCUGGACCAGUCUACUUCCCAGAUUUUCUAAAUCCAGCUGGUGGAAUCUUUUGGGCUGAUGAGAUCGAUAGAUUUCGAAAUCUUCUCCCUUUUGAUGGCCUAUGGCUUGACAUGAAUGAGUUAUCAAAUUUUAUUUCUUCUUCCCCAACUCCAUCCUCAACGCUUGAUAAUCCUCCCUAUAAGAUCAACAAUUCUGGGGCACAACAGCCUAUAAAUGAAAGGACUGUUCCUGCGAGCUCUCUACACUUUUCUAACAUCACAGAGUACAAUGCCCACAACUUAUACGGGUUCUUGGAAUCCAUGUCCACGAAUCAGGCCUUAGUGAAUAUGACUCGUCAAAGGCCUUUUUUACUAGCUAGGUCAACAUUUGUGGGCUCGGGCAAGUACACUGCACAUUGGACCGGGGACAAUGCUGCCACAUGGAGUGACUUGGCAUACUCAAUACCGAGCAUCUUGAAUUUUGGACUGUUUGGGAUUCCAAUGGUUGGGGCAGAUAUAUGCGGUUUCUCUGGCAACACAACUGAAGAGCUCUGCCAACGUUGGAUUCAGCUAGGGGCCUUUUAUCCCUUUGCAAGAGAUCACUCGUCGAAGAAUACUAACCGUCAAGAGCUCUAUCUAUGGGAUUCAGUCGCUGCGACAGCAAGGAAGGUUCUUGGGCUGCGCUACCGUCUACUGCCCUACUUUUACAUGCUAAUGUACGAGGCACAUACAAAAGGAACCCCCAUUGCACGGCCCCUUUUCUUUUCGUUCCCUCAAGACACAAAAACUUACGACAUAAGCUCACAAUUCCUAAUCGGUAAAGGAGUAAUGGUCUCACCAGCGUUGAAGCCUGGAACUGUCUCUGUCAAUGCAUACUUCCCGGCUGGAAACUGGUUUGACCUUUUCAACUAUUCAAAUUUUGUGAGUGUAAAUCCGGGCAAAUAUGUCUCUCUCAGGACGCCAUCUGAUCAUGUAAACGCACAUCUCCGUGAAGGCAAUAUAUUGGCCAUGCAAGGCUCUGCAAUGACAACACGAGCAGCACGAAAGACACCAUUCGAGCUCUUGGUGGCAGUCAGCAGCAGCGAAAACAGCACCGGAGAAGUCUUCCUGGACGAUGGCGAGGAAGUUGAGAUGGGAAAGGAAGGAGGGAGGUGGACUUUGGUGAGAUUUAAUGGCAGAGUUGCAGGGAAGAUGGUGAAAGUUGAAUCUCAAGUUGUAAAUGGAGAUUUUGCUCAGAGUCAGAAGUGGAUCAUAGGAAGAGUAACAUUUGUAGGGCUGGGGAAAUUUAGAGAAUUCAAAGGCUACAAGUUGAGAGCAAAAAUGCUUGGAAACUCUAGCAUGUCGACGAGGUUUGAUCGAGGUGGCCAGUUUGCUACAAUGGAGAUGUCUGGGAUGUCAGUGCUAAUCGGAGAGCAGUUUGAGCUAUCACUGAAUUUUGGUUAGUAACCGAUGAAUUGAUGAAAGGUGAGCAAAUCGCCGGCCAAUGAUAAAUGUAACUGUAAUAUUGUAACAUUUGAGAUUCUCACGCAAAGCCGCAAAGGACUCACCAUCGGCUCUCCCCAUAAAACUCAUAUGCUUUAUAUUUUAAUUUGGGUUGAAUAAAAUGAAAUUGAAGUAUGUUGCCACCAUAA